AUGUUCCACAAUCAACAGCAGAAGAGAGAUGUCGCUAUUAAUCGUAAAAACCAUUUAGAAGAGGAUCAAAAGUUAAUUGAAAAUUGGAAAUACCCAUCAAAAGCUCAACAUCAGUCAGAAUCUAAUCAAACGGAUGAAAAUCGCAUUAUAUCGGUUGAACCUAUUAAAAAACGAAAGUGUUUGUCUAUUCGUCAUCUAUAUUCGUGUAUAGUGCCGCGAAAGAAGGACAUGGAUGAUGACGCUGUUUCCAUAUCUCUCGCAGACGAAAUUGAACUCGAUUUAUUUAGUUUACGUCAACGUUUAACAGAUAUAUUCGAAUUAGAACAUGAGAGACAGAAAGAAAUGCUAAACAGUUUAGAAGAAGAGGAUCGACCGUCGCAAGACGAAGAAGUGAGGACAAAGUAUUUGUUUUGUACUCGUGGCCCACGAUAUCGACGUAAUGGCGUUUGUCGUCAAGUCGACAAGCAGUUGUGUUAUUUUGAUGAUUUAACCAAGGAUAUUCUCGUCGAAAGCUCAUUAAAAACAUCGGGAUUAUACUAG